CUCAGUUGUCCCUAAACGCGGAUUCAGUGAAGUCGGUUACGCGAUAAGUUUGCUGUGUGGAAAGAAAAGUUUCGUCAGCCGGAAUGUCAUCUAUUGGUUGUUUGAAACAUAAAUUUGUUUAACACCAACAUAUGUCUUUGAUUUACCAAAUAAAUGGUGUUUGCCGUUACUCAUUUUGGUUUGACAGCAAUAUAGAAUUCGGUACAAGCAACAAUUCACCUUUAGUGCAAUCGCAAUUUUUUUUGGAAUGAUAAGGCGUUGUCGAAAAGCUUCUCUUGGUAUAUAAAGAGAGAAACUAAGCGGCAAAACUAUCAGUGUUAAUACAAACCUAAUCAAGAACAGUUCACAGUGACCGCUCGCAAUGCUGUUUACAAUCGCCCUUGUGGGCGCGGUUUUGGCCUUGGCCUACAGUUUGCAUAUAAAAAUCUUCUCAUAUUGGAAGAGGAAAGGUGUUCCGCACGAGAAACCUCUGCCCAUAGUGGGCAACAUGAAGGGCGUUGUUAAGAAGUACCACUUCCGCGAUAUCAAUCAAAGAAUUUAUGAGAAGUUUAAGGGGCAGGGUCCCAUCGCCGGAAUGUACAUGUUCUUCAAGCGAACCGCCUUGAUCACAGACCUGGAUUUUAUCAAGCAGGUGAUGAUCAAGGACUUCAGCUACUUCCAGGAUCGUGGCGCUUUCAACAAUCCACGAGACGAUCCCCUCACCGGCCACCUGUUCGCCCUGGAGGGCGAGGAGUGGCGAGCGAUGCGGCACAAGCUGUCGCCCGUCUUCACCUCUGGAAAGAUUAAGCAGAUGUCGAAGGUGAUCGUGGACGUGGGUCUUCGCCUGGGCGAUGCCAUGGACAAGGCGGUGAAGGAGGCCAAAGUGGAGGACGGUAAUGUGGAGGUCAAGGAUCUAUGUGCCCGGUUCACCACGGAUGUCAUCGGAUCGUGCGCCUUCGGGUUGGAGUGCAAUAGUCUCCAGGACCCAAGUGCCGAGUUUCGACAGAAGGGUCGUGAAAUAUUCACCAGACGUCGUUAUUCCACGGUAGUGCAAUCCUUUAUCCUUACCAACGCCAAGCUGGCCAGGAAGUUGCGAAUGAAAGUGCUCCCCGAUGAUUUGACCCAGUUCUUCAUGUCCACGGUUAAGAACACCGUCGAGUACCGCCUCAAGAACGGCAUUAAGCGCAACGACUUCAUCGAACAAAUGAUAGAGCUCCGAGCGGAGGACCAAGAAGCAGCCAAGAAGGGCAAGGGUAUCGAUCUCUCCCACGGCCUGACCCUGGAGCAAAUGGCUGCCCAGGCCUUCGUGUUCUUCGUGGCCGGCUUCGAGACCUCCUCCAGCACCAUGUCCUUGUGCCUGUACGAGCUGGCCGUGCAGCUGGAGAUUCAGCAGCGGUUGAGGGAGGAGAUUGAAAGUGUGCUGGCCAAUGUGGACGGUGGAGAGCUUAACUACGAUGUUCUCGCUCAAAUGACCUAUUUGGAUCAAGUGCUGUCGGAAACUCUUCGAAAGCACCCACUGCUUCCCCAUCUCAUUCGAGAGACUAAUAAAGACUACCAAAUUCCCAACACAGAUAUUGUGCUGGACAAGGGCGUUCUUGCCCUCAUACCCGUGCACAAUAUCCACCACGAUCCGGAGAUAUAUCCCGAGCCGGAAAAGUUCGAUCCCAGUCGCUUCGAUCCGGAGGAAGUCAAGAACCGCCAUCCGAUGGCCUACUUGCCCUUUGGCGAUGGACCAAGGAACUGCAUUGGACUGCGGUUCGGAAAGAUUCAGGCCAAGAUUGGGCUCGUGUCGCUGCUUCGACGAUUCAAAUUUUCCGUAUCAAAUCGCACCGAAGUUCCUUUGAUUUUUUCGAAAAAAUCUUUUCUGUUGGCUACCGAUAACGGCAUUUACCUGAAAGUCGAAAGCGUUUAAAUGAUUUUAGUAUAAUCUAAAUUAUCUGCAAUUAAAAAAAUAAAAGAUAAUAAGCGCAAA